AUGUCUGCGUUCAACGACUACUGUAUUGUGUGCGAUAGGUUAAUUGAGGGCUCUGAGAAGUUGUACUGUUCAGCUUCGUGCCGCAUUAACGACACAAGGACGGGGAGAAGGAGAAGUGAGGUGGAGAGUUUGAUCUCGACACCACAGCUCUGCCCCCUCGACCUCGAUACGGACGAGACCGACAGCGAGGAAGAGCCAUUCGAGCUGGAUUACAGUACCACCGUGCCGACAAGGCUCAGUUCGCCUCGGUUUAUGGCCAAAGAGCAACAAGAUGGCUACCUAUCGUUUGCUUCUGAUAUGACGCUCGAUCGUAUUGCCGAGAGAAACUACAAGUUGUGGCUGAACUGCAAUCCUACUAGCUAG